UCUGGUCCGGCUUCGCGCGCUGCCCGCCCGUUCCUGCCGCGCCCGCCUCCGUCGCCGCCGUCGCCCGUGCCCCCGCUCCGCUCCGCGGUGCCGCCGGACCAGCACCAUGUCGCUGUCGCGCACGGAGGAGAUGCACCGGCUCACGGAAAAUGUCUACAAGACCAUCAUGGAGCAGUUCAACCCCAGCCUUCGGAACUUCAUCGCCAUGGGGAAGAACUACGAGAAAGCCCUGGCAGGUGUGACCUACGCUGCUAAGGGCUAUUUUGAUGCCCUCGUGAAGAUGGGCGAGCUGGCCAGCGAGAGCCAGGGCUCCAAAGAACUCGGAGACGUUCUCUUUCAGAUGGCUGAAGUCCACAGGCAGAUUCAAAAUCAAUUGGAAGAAAUGCUGAAGUCUUUCCACAACGAGCUGCUCACACAGCUGGAGCAGAAGGUAGAGCUGGACUCCAGGUACCUGAGUGCUGCGUUGAAGAAAUACCAGACGGAGCAAAGGAGCAGGGGCGAUGCGCUGGACAAGUGCCAGGCCGAGCUGAAGAAGCUUCGCAAGAAGAGCCAAGGCAGCAAGAACCCGCAGAAGUACUCGGACAAGGAGCUGCAGUACAUUGACGCCAUCAGCAACAAGCAGGGCGAGCUGGAGAACUACGUGUCGGACGGCUACAAGACCGCGCUCACCGAGGAGAGGAGGAGGUUCUGCUUCCUGGUGGAGAAGCAGUGUGCUGUGGCCAAGAACUCCGCCGCCUACCACUCCAAGGGCAAGGAGCUGCUGGCACAGAAGCUGCCGCUGUGGCAACAGGCCUGCGCCGACCCCAACAAGAUCCCGGAGCGUGCGGUGCAGCUGAUGGCCAGCAGCAACGGCUCCGUCCUCCCCAGCGCCUUGUCGGCCUCCAAGUCCAGCCUGGUCAUCUCAGACCCCAUUCCGGGGGCCAAGCCUCUGCCGGUGCCCCCUGAGCUGGCCCCGUUUGUGGGGCGGCUGUCCGCCCAGGAGAGCGCGCCCGUCAUGAAUGGCGUCUCGGGCCCUGAUGGCGAGGACUACAGCCCCUGGGCCGACCGCAAGGCCGCCCAGCCUAAGGCCUCGUCCCCACCACAGUCACAGAGCAAGCUGAGCGACUCCUACUCCAACACGCUCCCCGUGCGCAAGAGCGUGACUCCGAAAAACAGCUACGCUGCCACUGAGACCAAGACCCUGCCCCGCUCCAGCUCCAUGGCAGCCGGCCUGGAGCGCAACGGCCGCAUGCGAGUGAAAGCCAUCUUCUCCCACGCGGCCGGGGACAACAGCACCCUGCUGAGCUUCAAGGAGGGCGACCUCAUCACCCUGCUGGUGCCCGAGGCCCGUGACGGCUGGCACUACGGGGAGAGCGAGAAGACAAAAAUGCGGGGCUGGUUUCCGUUCUCCUACACCCGGGUUCUGGACAGCGACGGCAGCGACAGGUUGCACAUGAGCCUGCAGCAGGGAAAGAGCAGCAGCACGGGCAACCUCCUGGACAAGGAGGAGCUGGCGCUGCCACCGCCCGACUACGGCACGUCCUCGCGUGCCUUCCCUGCCCAGACGGCCGGCACCUUCAAGCAGAGGCCCUACAGCGUGGCUGUGCCUGCCUUCUCCCAGGGUCUAGACGACUACGGAGCGCGGGCUGUGAGCAGCGCCGAUGUGGAAGUGGCCAGGUUCUGAGCCGCCCCUGACUAGAGUUACCAGCACCCUGGGCCCCGGGCCUCGGUCAGGGUGGCGGUGCCGCCCAUCUGUCUCUGCCCCCGCCACCCCAGGACCCUGGCACCUGCGUCCUUUGUAGCAGAUGGUGCUCACCGGACCCCACUGGGCACCAGUGACGCGGCCCCUCCAAGGGGUCCUGGACUCCCUCUCCUUUCACUGUGUCUGAGCUACGGUGUGAGGAGUUUCUGGAAGAUUCUGGAGACCAGUGCUCCUGGAAUUUGAGGGCAGGGUGAAAAUGCCUUCGCUGCCUCUCGAUUCCCCUUCUUCCAGGAUGCAGAGAGGCUUCCGUUUCCACCCCCCCCCCAACGCCCCACCUCUGCCCCUGCCGCCCCCAUCGCUCUGAGCUGCAGGCCUGGCCUCUGCCUGGGACCACGUCCCCCGGUGUAGGACGGGGCCCUGGGGGCACGGUGGGCAUCAGCACAGCGCCACCAGCCAGCUUCCCAGCCGCAGAAUCAGCCUGGCUCCAAGAUUCGACUGGGGGUGCGGUGCCAAAAGCACCCUGGGUCGGUCAAAGCACCCUGACCAAGCCUGCCUGAGGUGUGGCCCUGGGGGAACCCAACGACAAGGAUCCGAUCCCAGAAGGGCCGAAGUCCUGAAGGCAUGGCAACCACUUUGGUCUCAGAGGAGGAAAUUCAGGAGGAAGUGGAAAUGCACCCCGGCCGCUCCUUCACUCUGCUCCAGGAUCACCGAAGGACGGAAACCGUACCCUGUAAGGAGACGCGGCUGUUCCCAGCUGACCCGGUUCUCGCUCAGUUGGUGGAUUCGGAACAAUUACAGGCGACUCCCUAAACCCUCGGCAUAGCACUUCCCUCGAGGUUGGAAUGGAAAGGCACUCGGCCCUCCUUGGGCUGCAGGGUUUGCAGGCGGGGGCUGUGGGCUCAGGACCCCGCGAUGCCCCCAAAGGCUGCCCCUUGAAUGCAGCGCCGGACCCGCCGGGGGCUUCAGCCUGCCCUGCCUGCGGGAGGAGCCUGGACGGCUCCUGUGGCCUCUGCUCGGUUCCGUCCGCUGAGCUUGCUUACGUCUUGGUGGUUUGCUGCCGGGGGUCCACCCCUGGCAAGCACCCCAGGCGGGGACAAAUGUCUCCGGUGCCAGGGUCUGAACUUAGUCCUGUUUUGCCAUCUUGGUGUUGACCCGCCCAGGGUCGCACUGACACCCUCCCGUUCUUCACAGAAGGUGGUAGGCACCCUAGACGGCCCCACCCAGGGGCCUCUGGUCGGGGCUGGGCUGGGCGCAGCUGCAGGGGGGGGAGGCCGGGGGCGUCUUCAGCCCGCAGUGUUGAUGGUGCGUGCUCCCCGCUCACCCUGUUUGGGGGAAGAUGAAGAAAGUGGGGCUCAGAGGCCAGACACCGUCUUGUGGGGAGGCCUGUCUGGCUGUGCUGCUGCCCCGACCCACCUGGCCUGACCCCUCUGUACUGGCCCCAGCCAGCACAGGAGCUGCCCUCCCUCCCCAGGCUUAGGGCCUGAGCUCCGUCCUCGGCUCGGUCCCCAACUCCAGAUGAACAAGAUUGGCCGAGUUCCAGCCCCCCAGGGCAUCUGCCUUGAACCCGGCUGGGAACAGCCAAGGCCCGGAGCCUUCCUUCAGAACCAGAGUCUAGGCAAGGUGGCAGUCAGGGCACGGGCCACCGCCCUGUCCUGGGGGCGGAUGUCACUGGUCACAGGAGACUUGGUCUUGGGAGCUUCCAGGCGGCCAAAAAGCCGAAACUCGUCUGUACGCAUCAGCGGAACAGCACCAGAGCGCACGGAGGAGCCUGAGGCCCCACGUGGGGCUGCAAGCGGCCUCGAAGCCAGGGGUCGAUGACUCAGAGGACAGUCGUAAGCAGUGUGCCCACACAGGACUCUCAGCCAUCAUCCCGGAGACGGAGACAGAGACCUCAUUCGCCAAGAAGUUAGCUAGUGUCUGCGGCUGCUCCUCUUAAAAGUUCAGCCCCAAGUGUCUCAGUUUUUUAGAAAACACAGGGAGGUGCCCCCGCCCCAGCGCUCUCCCUGGCACUGGACAGAGCGCCUGCCCGCCCCGUGGACACCAGCCCAGCUGCGCCAGAGGCAACUCCGGCCCCAGGUAACGGCUGCAGAGCCGAGCGCUUCGCCGGGAGUGCGGUCCUGUCCGUGCCGGCCCUCCGUGUCCCACGUGCCAUCUGUGCCGUCACCCCCAGCCCGCUGUCCCGUGCUGUCCCUGCCCAGGCGGGUCCUCCGGGCCGGGUGCCGGCGUCCGCUGUGCUCAUCUCGUCCCAUCUCCACCUCUUGUCUGGCGCGUUUCAUCUGUCCGUCAGCUGUGGCCUCGGGGGUCACCCCCCGGGUGACAGGUGGCUGAGCCCUCGCCCGCCCCUGCUGGCCUCCUUGCUGCCAGUGUGCGUGCACCCCCGUGUGUCGUCUUGGCGUGGGGCGGGUCUGCACCCAGCCACCUUCUGGGAGCCCGGGACGCAUGGGCCGGGUUUGUGUGCGCUGAACUGUCUGUGUCUGUCGAUGGCGUGUCUUUAAAAAUGGGUCCGCCGCUGCCCUUGGGCCGAUGGGAGGCGCCUCCUUGGCCUUGUGGGGCGGCUCACGAAACCUGGAUGCAGGCCCGUUCAGGGCUCAGGUUGCAGAGAAGGAACCAUCCUGUGGCUCGGUGGCCCCACGGCCCCCACCCGCCCCAUGAGGGUUGACGGCCGCAGAUGGGGCGCACUGGCGGCCAGCGAGCACCCUUCCCAGGCUCCCCCGAGCGGCCUCCACUGUCCACCUGCUCUGAGCUCAGAGGCUGGGCCAUCGGGGUCCAGGCCGGUGCCAUCCGCAGGGCUGGGGGCCCCCCGGGCGUAGGGCAGCCCAGGACGGCACUGCGCCCCCACAGUGCCCCUCCCACACUAAAACCCCUCUUCUCUCCUUUUUCAGGAAUCCCUUCGCCAACGUCCAGCUGAAGCCGACAGUGACCAACGACAGGUCCGCCCCCCUCCUCAGCUGAUGGCCAAGUCCCCACCGCUGCCCGCCAGGACCCUCCUGCCCUGCCUGCCCACGCACAGAACCUCUUUUGUAACAAUCUGCGUGGUCCCCAUUUAGAGAAUUUUCUCCUUCACCUGCCUGGCUCUGCCCCCACUGGAGUCUGGCCUGGGCUGGACCCCGGCUGUCUUCGGAGGUGGCCCCCGGGCCGUGGCUGAGGAGAGUGGGGCCGACAGUGGCCCCCGCUCGUGCAGGGAGGGACGCUCCACCAGCCCCACGUGUCUGGUCAAUAAACAGGCUGCCCCACA